UGCACGCGGGCUGGGAAGCGCGUGUGUGAUUGUUUCUCUGCGCAGCUUAAUAUCCGCGUCGCGUCUCAAAGUAAUACAGUAUCUCAGUCUCUUUCUCGGUCUCUGUGGUGUGUUUAAAAGGAGCAAUGGCGGAUUCACAGGACGACAAGCUGUACAAGGCUGAGUAUGCGAAAAGCGGGCGCGCUUCGUGUAAGAAGUGUAAAGAGAACAUCGCGAAGGACUCGCUCAGGAUGGCCAUCAUGGUGCAGUCGCCCAUGUUUGAUGGUAAAGUGCCCCACUGGCAUCAUUUCUCCUGCUUCUGGCUCCGCGCGUCUGUGCAGUCGACGUCAGACAUCUCGGGCUUUGCCGACCUCCGCUGGGAGGACCAGGAGAAAGUGAAGAAGGCCAUGGAAGGAGGAGGGUCUGUCUCUGGUAAAGCUGGGGGUAAAGGAGCAGGUAAAGGAGUGAAGUCUCUGACUGACUUUGCAGUGGAGUACGCAAAAUCAAACAGGAGCACCUGCAAAGGCUGUGAGCAGAAAAUAGAAAAGGACCAGAUCCGCGUCUCAAAGAAAGCGGUGGACCCGGAGAAGCCUCAGCUGGGUCUGAUCGACCGCUGGUACCACACGGGCUGCUUCGUGAGCCGGCGCGAGGAGCUGGUGUUCAAACCCGAGUACAACGCGUCUCAGCUCAAAGGCUUCGCCGCUCUGCGUGCCGAGGACCAGGCCGAGCUGAAGGAGAGACUCCCUGUUGUCAAGGCUGAGGGGAAAAGGAAAGCCGACUCUGUUGAUGGAGUUUCUAAGAAGCAGAAGAAAGAGGAGGAAGAGGAGAAAAAACAGCUGGAGAUGAGGCUGAAGGAGCAGAGCCAGUUGAUUUGGGGGAUUAAAGACAAGCUGAAGAAGUACUGCUCGACCAACGACAUGAAGGAGCUUCUGAUCGCCAACGGGCAGGACGUUCCCUCAGGGGAAGCCAACAUCCUGGACCGUCUGUCAGACUGCAUGGCUUUCGGCGUGUUGAAGCCGUGUGAGACGUGUCAGGGUCAGCUCGUGUUUAAGAGCGACGCCUACUACUGCACAGGAGACAUCUCCGCCUGGACCAAGUGUGUGUUUAAGACUCAGACACCCAACCGCAAAGACUGGAUCACGCCGAAGGAGUUCCAUGAAAUUUCCUUCCUGAAGAAGUUCAAGUUCAAGCGCCAGGACCGUUUGUUUCCCAAAGAGCCUCCAGCUGCUACUGCUACCGCUCCUACCUCGUCUGCGGCUGCCCCUGCUCACGGCUCGGCUGCUUCCGGCGCCUCCAGCUCCAGUUUUCCGACCGAGCUCCCUACGGAAGUGAACGCAGAUAAGCCACUGACUGGGCUGAAGGUGCUGACUCUCGGGAAGCUGAGCAAGAACAAGGAUGAGCUGAAAACUGUAGUGGAGGAGCUGGGAGGAAAAAUCACCAGCACUGUUAAUAAAGCCACCUUCUGCCUCAGCUCCACGAAGGAAGUUGAGAAGAUGAGUAAGAAGAUGGAAGAGGUGAGGGAUGCCGGCAUUCGUGUCGUCGCCGAAGACUUCCUGACUGAUAUCAAGUCCUCGGGCAAGGCGCUCCGCGAGCUCAUCUCCCUGCACGGCAUCUCGCCCUGGGGCGCCGAGGUCAAACUCGAGGCCCAGGCUUCAUCGGCGGCCGCAAAGUCCAGCGGAGCCACCAAAAGCUCGGGAAGAAGCAAAGAGGACGAAGGCAGCAGCAAGUCGAAGAAGAUGAAGCUGACGGUUAAAGGCGGAGCAGCAGUAGAUCCGGACUCAGGUCUGGAGGACUGCGCUCACGUGCUGGAUCAGAACGGGAAGAUCUACAGCGCUACACUGGGCCUGGUGGACAUCGUCCGUGGAACAAACUCCUACUACAAACUUCAGCUCCUGGAGGACGACGUACAGAAACGGUACUGGGUGUUCAGGUCCUGGGGUCGAGUUGGGACCACGAUCGGAGGAAACAAACUGGAGAAGUUUUAUGACAAGAACUCGGCCAUGGACAACUUCCGCAGUGUGUACGAGGAAAAGACGGGCAACUGCUGGACCUCGAGCAGCUUCACCAAAUACCCUAACAAGUUUUAUCCUCUGGAGAUUGACUAUGGGCAGGACGAGGAAGCGGUGAAGAAGCUGACCGCCAGCAGCGGCACCAAGUCCCGACUCGCCAAACCGGUUCAGGAGCUGAUCCGCAUGAUCUUCGACGUGGAGAGCAUGAAGAAGGCCAUGGUGGAGUUUGAGAUCGACCUGCAGAAGAUGCCUUUGGGGAAACUGAGUAAGAGGCAGAUCCAGAGUGCGUACUCUCUCCUCACUGAGGUCCAGCAGGCCGUGUCCGAUAGCGCUCCUGAGGCUGUGAUUCUGGACCUGUCCAAUCGCUUCUACACUCUGAUCCCGCAUGACUUCGGCAUGAAGAAACCUCCGCUGCUGAGUAACCUUGACUACAUUCAGGCCAAAGUGCAGAUGCUGGACAACCUGCUGGACAUUGAGGUGGCGUACAGCCUCCUGCGCGGCGGAACCGAGGACAACGAGAAGGACCCGAUCGACAUCAACUAUGAGAAGCUCAAGACAAAGAUCGAGGUGGUGGAUGAAUCGUCAGAGGAAGCCCGGAUUAUUCGACAGUACGUGGCGAACACGCACGCCGCCACGCAUAACACCUACACCCUCGAGGUGGAAGAGAUCUUUAAGAUCGAGAGAGACGGGGAGUACCAGCGUUACCGCCCCUUCAAAGAGUUACCGAACCGCCAGCUCCUGUGGCACGGCUCGCGCGCAACUAACUACGCUGGCAUCCUGUCUCAGGGUCUGCGCAUCGCCCCGCCCGAGGCUCCUGUGACAGGUUACAUGUUCGGUAAAGGUAUAUACUUUGCUGACAUGGUGUCUAAGAGUGCAAACUACUGCCACACGUCCCAGGCGGAUCCCGUAGGCCUCAUCCUGUUAGGAGAAGUCGCGCUCGGCAACAUGCACGAGCUUAAAAAGGCUUCACACAUAACAAAAUUACCGAAAGGGAAGCACAGUGUGAAGGGCUUGGGAAAGACCGCACCUGAGCCCAGUGCGACGGUCUCUCUUAACGGAGUGGACGUGCCGCUGGGCAAAGGCGUCAACACGAACAUUGACGACACGAGUCUGCUUUACAACGAGUAUAUCGUGUACGAUAUCUCUCAGGUGAAUCUGAAAUAUCUUCUGAAACUUCGCUUCAAUUAUCAGACGUCCCUCUGGUGAGAGACGCACGCGCCCCCCUGGGGAACGUGAUCUUCACAGACCACACCUUCAAGUUCCUGAUGAGGCCCUGAUCCCAACUGCACCGUCAGAUUAAAUACAAGCCACAAAGAGUUCCUGACAUUUAUUCACUUUUGCUCUGCUUUAGUCUCAAGCGAGAUUUCCUCCGGGUACUCCGGUUCCCUUUCACAAUCCAAAAACAUGCAGAUUAAGCUAACUGGUGAUAGGCUAAUUGUCCAUAGUGUGUGAAUGUGUUGUAAAAAUGGGAAAAAAUACAACGGUCACCAUUGGCCUAAACGGUCACUAAUUAGUCUACGGAGGUUCCUAGAUGGAUUGAGGGAGAUAAAGAAUAGACAAGUUCCCUUGCACCAUAUAUCUUCUAUCUACUUUGUAAUUUGAUGCUAAAGUUAAAGUGCGACUUGAUCUGAUUGAGGUGUUUUAAAGUUUUUGUGGAUCCUACCAACAGUAUUAGGUAGAACAGUCUUCCAUUAGUUUUCUAACCCCCCCCCUUUGUUCGGGCACAUUUAUGUUAAAAUCUUUUUUUCAUUGAAAAAUCUGAUCUGUUUUCUUUAGCGAAGAAAGACCAACAUACUGUACAGUUUUAGUAACGAAUGCUUUUCUUGUACAUUUACACGGUUGAUUGGAUAAGUGGUACUUUUACUAGGGUUCCUAGUAUUAGGGCUUUUAGAAACGACAUAAAAAAUGUUUUCUUGCUUUCUGUGUACCUCACAGAUUUUUUUUUUUUUUUUUUUCCGGUUUAUAUUAAGAUGUAAACGGUGAAAACGGUUAAUUUUCACAAAGAUGAAGUGUGAACGCGUUUUCUUUGUAAAGCAACAUUUUCAACAUUUUGCCAGGAUGUUCACUCAUUGAUGUGAUUGUAAGAUGAUUAAAAUCUUCAUUUGUGUUCCUUAUAAUUUGGAAAUGUGAAUAAAAACAGUACUUUGCCCUGUCA